AUGAAUGCAAUACAUAUCAUUAUGGCAACAUCAACAUCUGCAAAUCCACAUAAUAUACCGAAUGAACGGAUCGAAAGUGUUAUAAGAAAAAGAAAAAUUUCAGCUAUUACAUUUCUUGUUUUUGGAAUUCUUCUUAUAGUUGCUGGAUCUUUAUUAACGUCAUUUGAAAGUCAAAGAAUUUCUGUUUCAUUUAUUAUUUUCGGUAUUAUUGGAAUUCUAUUUGCCUUUAUGUAUUGGAUAUCUGCUGAAAAAAUAUUAAUUGCAUUACGAAAAUUCAAUGCCGAUCGAAUGAGAGAAGCACAAUUACAAGCUCAAUAUUCUGAUAGAUAUAAUUCUAGAGAUGCGAAUUAUAGAAAUUUUGAAAGAUACGCAAAUCUAAAUCAUAUCGGUUUACCAAGUUAUGAACAAAGUGUUAUAUCACAUACAGGUAAAAACAGGAAUAAUUCGAGUUAACAAUGAGAAUUAGAUACUGUCCGAUAAUAUUUUUUAAAUGUAACUUGUGAAAUAUAUAGAUUGGACUGAUUUCAGGGCAGAGAUAUAGGAAUUUAUGUUAUCAGAGAAUCUCUGAUUCUUCAUUAACUAUUUUAGAGCUAACGAAAUUUUUAAAAUUUAUUAUGUAGAAUACUCCUUCAGACAGUUAAAUCUUAUUAGAUCCAAUCGAAUUUAUUUACUUCAGUUGAUAUCAUAACUUAAAUAUCACUAUCAUUCCAUAAAUACCCUUUUCUCGCUAUUAUCAAAUAGUGUUAUAGACAUAGCAAUGUGUUUCAAGAUAUCUUAUCUAUAAUUAAUUAUUUCAGAAAUUCCACCACCUUAUGAUGAAGCAAUCAAAAUUAAAUCAAACGAUUCUCCUAGUCAAAAUUCUAGUCGGCUAAUUCCACACAGGUCCUCCCAGGUUUUACAAAAGUUUGUGCCGGCAAGUUUUAACUAUGCUAGUUUUGUAGCCCUUAUCGAGUUACAUACUAAUUGAUAGUUUAUUUUCAUUGGGGUCAUGCGCUAACUGCACACGGGCAGGCUGAAAAUCGAUUUUUUCGAAAAAUGGUCCCCGGAAUGUGUCUAUUGUACGCACAGUGACCAUUUUCGGAACAUUUCGAUCUGACCAUCCGAUAGAGCAUAAAAAGUUGUCUUUGUAAAAUAAUUUUCAGAAUUUUAACUCUAAAGCUAAUUGCGUGGGAGCACCUGCAAAUAUGAGAAAAAUUGCCUUUCCAUACAAAAUCAUAACCUUUAUAAAACUUACAUUUUCAGUCAGAAACCUGCUAUCUUACAUUUAAAAUGAAGCUUAAAGUGUACUCGUUCGAACGCGCAGUGUCAGAUUUCUUCAAAGCAUUUCACAGUCUAGAUAUAUGGGCCAGAAGGGGUGGGGGGUCUAAAAAAUCGGCCUAUUGAGCGUCAAUUAUCUCGAAAAGUAAACGUCAGAAUUUGAUGAAAAUUGUUUUGUGAGUAGCGCCUAAUGAGGUCUACUAGCUAUUAAAAUUUCAGACUUCUCCUUCCAAAAGUGAAUGAGCUAGAGCCUUCGCAGUUUUGCUAAAAUUCCAGUCCUAAUAGUC